AUGGUGAAGCCAAGAAAAACCACUUGCCAUUCACGGUUGGAGCAUGGAACGUUCAUGCAGAAACGGGGAAAAUGGGUGAGCGUGGAACGAGCCAGUUACAAAGGGAGAAGACGUGGGAGUUGGCUGCAUGAAAGGCACACUCAGCAGAAGGGAAAAAAAAAACGAAGAAAAAGAGGAAGCAGCAACCGGAAAGAAGGAGAGAGCAAAAGACGAACCAGAAAGGGGCUGGCCAGAACCAAAACAAAACUGGAAACGGGAGCAAAAGAAGAGAGGGCAUGCAGAAGUGGGCUUUCUAGCGUGGAACAGGAGCAGUGGCGAUUCAGCAGAAAAGAAAAGCUAGGUGCAGAAGCGACGUACAUGCGCUGGAAGCCAGUGGGGAGAAGCGCAGGGGAAGCUGAAAAUAGAACAAACAAAAACUGGGGUGAAAAAACGAAAAAAAACAGCAAAAGGAAAACACGCGGAGAAGAGGAGAAUAGGCGUGAACUGGAAGUGAAAUCAGAAAACAAAGGAGAAACAGAAGACGCACGCAGCCGGUAG